UUAAAAUGUUGUUGGAAUAUUUUCUUAAACCCCAUUUGAAAGUUAAAGCUACUCACCACCGGCCAGUCCCUAUCUCUCACAUUCUCACCUUACACAUAAAACCCACCUUUUACCUUUCCUCCUUUCCUCACACCCUCUCGCCGGCCGCCGUCAUGCUCCAACCGCCGCCGCCAACCUCCCUUCUCUUCCUCCUCUUCUUCUUCUUCAUUUCCCCCAUAACCGCCGCCAACGCCACCCCUGUAUUCAAAGAGGCCCCACAAUUCUACAACUCCCCGGAUUGCCCCUUGGUCGUCGCCGGAGAGGAAGACAGUAACCGGCUAUGCUCUGACUACGGGGUCCAUGUGGCGAUGACAUUGGACACGACAUACAUUCGAGGGUCUAUGGCGGCCAUCCUCUCCGUUCUGCAACAUUCCUCGUGCCCUCAAAAUGUAAUAUUCCAUUUCGUCUCCUCCGCCUCUGCAAACGCGUCGGCUUUACGCGCCACCAUUUCCUUCUCCUUCCCUUACCUGAAAUUUCAAAUCUACCCAUUCGACGACGGCGCCGUGUCUCGUCUGAUCUCCGCCUCCAUUCGUUCGGCCUUGGAUUGUCCAUUGAACUACGCUCGUAGCUACUUGGCUGACCUCCUCCCCCUCUGCGUUCGCCGUGUCGUCUAUCUCGAUUCUGAUCUAAUCCUCGUCGACGAUAUCGCCAAUCUCGCAAAUACCCCUCUAAAAGACUCCGUACUCGCCGCCCCUGAGUACUGCAACGCCAAUUUCACCUCCUAUUUCACUCCCACUUUCUGGUCCAAUCCCUCUCUGUCUCUCACCUUCGCCAAUCGCAAUCCCUGUUACUUCAACACCGGCGUCAUGGUCAUCGACCUCUCCAGGUGGCGUCUCGGCGACUUCACCGCUAAAAUCGAGGAAUGGAUGGAGCUUCAGAAGCGAAUGAGGAUCUACGAGCUCGGAUCUCUGCCACCGUUCAUGCUCGUUUUUGCCGGAAAUAUUGUACCCGUGGACCACCGGUGGAACCAGCACGGGCUCGGCGGUGAUAAUUUCAGGGGACUCUGCCGGGAUCUGCACCCGGGUCCGGUGAGUCUGUUGCAUUGGAGCGGAAAGGGAAAACCGUGGGCCCGGCUCGAUGCGAACCGGCCGUGUCCGUUGGACGCUUUGUGGGUCCCUUAUGAUUUGUUGCAGACUCCAUUUUUGUUGGACUCUUGAUUGGUUGAAGCUCGUCGGCAACGGUUUGGUAUUUAGGAUUACAGAGGAAGACGAAGGCCGUCGGUGACGGAGAAGAUAUGAUUGGCCGGAAAAUGGAACGGAAAUUAUGAUUUUUGAAAAAAUGGUAAAUGUUAAAGCUAAAUUUUGAGGGAAAAGAAAAAUAAUAAAGGAUAAAAGGAGAACUAAUAUUUCUGAAGAUCAAUUUUAUGUAUGUAUAAUUGUUGUAUUCAAAAGCUUGUAUAGUAUAGAUUUUUAUAUAAACACUCAUUGUCAUCAAUUUUUUUUUUUAAAU